GUUGCCCACACUUGCUGUGUGGUGAAGUGGGAACCGACUGCGAAGUGCACCGGGAUAGAGAAGCCGCCGCCCCGCUAGAGGCGCUCGCUUCUCUCGUCGCAAAGUUGCCUGGCUGCUGACAUUUUCCGCCGCUUCUGGAGGCGGCUGCCGCCGAGUGCUUAAAAAAAAGAAAGAAAAUGUGCUCGCACCAAGUCGAGUUGGGCUUCGUGGAAGAAGCGGCACCUUGGCGGCUGCGCAGUGACCAGUUUCCUUGCAAAGUCGGGGGCAGGCCUGCUUGGCUGGGCGAGGCCGGCUUGCCGGGACCCUCCGAGCUUCGGUGCGGGGUAUGCGGGCAGCCGUGCGCGUUCCUCUUGCAGCUCUACGCGCCGGUGCAAGAGCGUCUUGAGGCCUUCCACAGGAGCCUCUUCCUCUUCGGCUGCCGCCAGCCUUCUUGCUACCGCCCCGCCGGCCCAGCCCCGGGCAGUCUGAAAGUUUUUAGGAAUCAGCUUCCAAGAAAGAAUGAUACUUACUCUUAUAAUCCACCACCUGAAGAGCCACCUUUGGAAGAGUUACCUUCUGUGAAUCUGCAGCUAAAAUGCGGAGCUAUGCUUUGCAGAGUUUGUGGUUGCUUGGGACCCAGCACAUGUUCCAAAUGUCAUAAGGCUCAUUAUUGUAGCAAAGACCAUCAGAUCAAAGACUGGAAAGCAGGACAUAAGGUAUCAUGUUUGCAGCCUGAAGAUGUAAUUCCGGAUCAUAAAUUUCUGUUCCCCGAGUAUGAAAUUGUAAGAGAACAUGAGGAGUUGGAUUCUGUUGCUGUCAAUGACACAGAGCAGGAAGAUUUAGAGAAAAAUGAUGACACAACAGAUGAAGCUUCUGAAUUAUUAGAAGAGAUGUCCUUAGAGAUGAUGGCAAAACAUGAAACUCCAGAAGAUAAAAUUUUUCAAAUAUUCAAAGAAAGAAUAUCUUUGGAACCAGAACAGAUUAUCAGAUACUGCAGAAAUGGAGAAGGGCCCAUCUGGAUAUCAGGGUUAAAUAUUCCUCAGGACACAGAUAUUCCCAACUGUCAGUGUGGUAGUAAAAGAGUAUUUGAAUUCCAGGUGAUGCCACAGCUUCUAGCUCACUUAAAUGUCGACAGUCUUGGAGAAAGCAUUGACUGGGGGACACUGGCUAUCUACACAUGUACUGUGAAUUGUGAUCUAGGAAACCACUAUGCUGAAGAGUUCAUCUGGAAGCAGGACAUUUCCAAUUCUGUUUAAUUUCUGCAAAGCUUAAGCAGCGAGAUAGUUUUCUUCCAUAUCAUAAUUUUUUCUUACUUUUUAUAUUCAAGCUGAUAACAAUGAUCACCAUGAGACUAGAGAGGUGAUUAUUAUAAGAGCCGAGGUGGUGCAGUGGUUAAAUGCAGCACUGCAGGCUACUGCUAGAUCAGCAGUUCAGCGGUUCAA